AUGGCAGAACCAGGUUAUCUGCACGUCAUGAAAGGUAAUAUUAAUUGAUUAAAUUAUUCUCUUUUGCAUAUCAUUAAGAGCAGUGGUAGUAUUAUUUUACACUCCUUUAUUUAUUAUUAGUGGUACAGUGAGUUCGAAGUGCUUUCGAACCAAGACAACUGAUGGGUCCUUUUUUAGAAGAUGUUCUUGCAUAGCUGGAGCAGGUGGAUACUGCCAUCAUGUGAUAGGACUUCUGUAUUACCUUGCACUUCUGAAACAACUACGGCAUCGUACUCUGCCAAACGAACUGACUUGCACCAGCAUGAAACAGUGCUGGAGUAUCCCAGGAGGAAAGAAAAUUGAGCAGAAAGAAGUACAAAAUGUGCUAGUUCAAAAACCUCAGUUGGGUGCUUCAUGCAACAAAUUCAUCAAAAGUAAUCUGUAUUGCAUGUCCCUCUAAAAUGUACGGAACACUAACGAAAGAACACUUUGAUGAUCCUCAACCUCGCCCACUCUUUGCAAACCAUGUUCUUCCUCAGCAACAACUGCCCAGUAUCCCGUUUAUUGCAAGCAAGUUUGGAAAUGACCCUGGAGGAUGUUUGCUUUCAUAUCAACAAAAAAUGUCCUCAUAUUAUGUCAUCAAUGAUUUCACAUGUUGCCACUAG